AUGGAUGGGGACACAGAGCAUGGCAAAGUUGAAGAUGUUGUUGGCAGCCAUGUUGAAGAUGCUGUAACGUUUUGGGCACAGGAAGCAGUCAGAGUCCUGCUGGGGGUGAAUCUCCUGCUCUGGAAUGUCAGUAGAUCUGAGGAUCUCUUGAAAAUAAGUCGUAUGCUGGCAGAAGUUUGUCCUCGGGCUAAUGCAGUUUCUAGCAAACCUGAUCUUAGUAAGAUUUAUGGUGGCUGUUUUUCUGAAGAUGGAUGUUGGUACAGAUGUGUGAUACAGCAAGUGAUAAAGGAAAAGUGUCAGGUAUUGUACAUUGACUAUGGAAAUUCUGAGAUUCUGAACACCUCAGACAUAGUUGAAAUUCCAUCAAAUUUGCAGUGUCCAAGUGUUGCCAAGAAGUACAGACUCUGGGGACUGCAGACACCGAACAAUCAGGACUUAAAUAUGUUUGAAGAGGGGAAGAAGUUCUUGAACAGCCUAGUUUUUGAAAAAGAAAUAAAAAUACAUCACAAAGCCAAGCACGAAGAUGGUACAAUUAUUGCCCAGGCAGAGCAUGAAAAAACAGAUAUUGGACAAGAGGUGGCCAGGGCAGGGUUUGCUGAAAAAUAUACAUCUGCAGGGAACACUAGCAAUGUGGAAGGGAAAAAAGUAUAUCCAAAGCAACACCGACAUCAGGAGACAAAAGUUUCAGUUCCGGUGUGGAUGAACAGAUCUGGUCAGGCGCUGAACAGCACCCCAAGAGGGCGCUUUGACCAAGCAGCUGCCAGCACAAGGAGUCGGAAUUUUACUGGAAACCGUAUGUUUGCACACAAGGAAAAAAUAGCAGCUUCUACCUCAGCAUCAGACACCAGCUUGGCACAAAUAAGACUAGAUCAGAAGCUGUCCGAAGAGAAGGAGGUUCUCAGAAGGGAGAAUGUAAAUCUCUUGCAGAGGCAGAAAGAACUAGAACUGACAGUUCAACAGCUGAAAUGUGAACUUCAGGUAUGUGGAAAUAGAGAGAAGGAAGCAUCCAGGAAGUCUUCUGAAAGCUUUGAGGAAACCAUGUGUACACAGUUUGAGAUGAUAGUGAGAAGUUUGGCUGCUAAGGUGAAGUCAUUGAAAGAAAGGAGGCACACAGCUAAGAACAGUUGUUUUGUGGAUCAGCUGUCACAAGCCAUAGAAGUUGUUACAGAGGGAUGUCUCACUGUUCCAUGUUCUUUGGAAAAAUUGCAGAAGAUCUGGACAGAGUAUGACUUGGCUCAAGAGAGGAUUCAGUUAUGCAGAAAUGUGGAUGAAGGACAUGAAUUGAUAAUCAAGAGAGAUGAGGUGCAGCAGAAAUUGUAUUCAGCAGUGAAAGAAUUCAUUUUGGAAGUGGAUCAACUGCCCCUCUCUGAGCGCUCAAGAACAUUACAAGAACUGUCUGCUUCUCUGGAGACUGUUUAUGGUCAAAUUUCUGAAGCAGAUGACUCCAAAGAGGCAUUUCAACAGUUCUUUAACUACAGGAGUGCUAAAAUGAAGAAAUUAAUUAGUGUCAGAAAUGAUACGGAGACAGCUCUGCAAAUUCUUACUGACUGGUUCAGGGGUAUCUUAAAGCACUUUGACAUGAUGUCAGAAGCAUCUUCAAAUUCGGCGGAAGUGGUUGGCAGUGCGGAUGAAAUUUUCAAAAAUGUUAAGUUGGCUAUUUGUGAAGAACUGAGUACUGACUUAAAUGAGCACGAUGAAGCAGAGAAGGGUAUAAUUAUGAGCGCUUACAAUAAAGUUAUACAUAAAGUUAAUCAGGAGCAAAAUAUGAUCACUGUCAUACAGAACAGAUACAUGGCCAGCAUUGAGUUCAAAAAACUUGCUGAGGAAUGGCUGAAUAGAAAACCCAAUAUUAAAAACUUAUUAUCAAUUAAGGAAACUGUGAAGAGCUUAAAGUCCCAGUUAAGACAGAAGCUGCUUGAAAAGAACAACUUUGAGGAAUCUGACUGCAGUGAGUUUGAAAUGAAAAGAAUAAAAGAGGAAAUUGCUGAUCUGCAAAAUAGGGUUCUUCAGGAAAUAUCCAAGGAACAAGAAGAAUAUGAGAAGCUUACAUACUUGGUACAAAAAUGGUUGCCUGAGUUACCACUUCUUUAUCCAGAAUUAGGAAUUCUAAACUAUAUGAGUUCUGGUGGACUUUUGGCAUGCAGCUUGGAGCGAGACCUCUUGGAUGCUGAACCUAUGAAGGAACUGAGCAUGAAGCGACCUUUAGUGUGUUUAGAAAUUCAGGGCCAGAAGGUUCUUUUAAAGGGCUACUCUGUAUGUGUAAGAUCAGAAGCCAGAGUGAUAGAAGGAGUUGCCAAGUAUCACAGAGCUUGGAAUCAACAGAAGGAGAAAUCUGGACUAUUGCAAGUGUUGUUCCUUCUUUUCUCCAAGUCUGAUCCUUUGGUAUAUAUAAUGGUCCCAUACUACCCAAGAGCAAGUCUGGGAGCUUUACAAGCUGAUACACCUUUAACUUCAGAAGAGGCAUUAAAAGUGAUGAAAGGAGUGGCGCAAGGUCUACAGACAUUGCAUGGAGCUAAUAUAGUACAUGGAUCCUUGCAUGAAAAUAAUGUUUUUGCUGUGAAUCGGAAACGAGGAGUCCUUGCAGACUUUGAUUUCACAAAAUCUGAGAAAGAACGUGCUGCUGCAAACACUAUGGUUGCUGGUACCCUGAGCUUAGUUUCUCCUGAAUUGAAAGUGGGACAGCCAGCUUCUCCAGCCUCUGACAUGUAUGCUUACGGCUGCCUUCUGUUUUGGCUCUGUGUUCAAAACCAGGAGUUCAGCAUAAAAGAAGAUGGAACACCUGAGGUCAAUGUGGUUGUCAUGGAUGAUACAGUUAAAUCUCUUCUCCUGAGUUUGUUCUGCUGUAACAGACCAACUGCUGAGCAGGUGCUGAGGCAUGACUGCUUUCUUGAGGUUGAUAAAACUCCAGUUUCACCACAACCAGAUGAAGAACUGGAGCCACGUGAAGAACAUGAUUCUAAGAUGACAGAUGUGGGAAAAACGUGAUUAACUGAGGAUAAUGGAUGUUAGAUGGCAGAGAUCUUAAAGAUGAACUUUUAGUGACUUGUUUUUGUAUCUAGUUUUCUACCCUUCAUGCAGUAAUUCCAGAUAUGUUUUCUUAAAGAUGCUCUAGGGUAUUACCUCUUUGCUGGAGUGUUUUUGUUACUACAUAGUCAAGAUGUCCCUACAGGAACUGCCUUGAAGAUU